GUGCAUCGGAGCCUUGGCCUGUGGCUUGCCCCUGCAUCCUCCUCUUCCUCCACCAGACGAACCCUUCCCCUUGACUCUCCGCUCCGCUCCCAUCUCUGCACCACAGGCGCUUCUGUCUGCCCGGUCCACUUCCUAAGCUUCUUCACAAUAAACAGUCGCCAAAGUCGUGCAAGGGCAAGGGAGCUCUGGCCCCCAGCGUGCAUGUCAUCUUGUAGGGCAGCAGGGUCGCCGUCGAUCACACCUUGCGCGUUUGUUUGCUCUAUCAUUACUCUUCAGCUUCGGAUAUCCGUACUAACUAAUUCAAGGUCUACAGCAUCUAGAACAAUCGCUUUCUACCUCGACUCAAUGCCUCAUUCAUCAUGA